GCUGGUGAGAGAAGAGUUUAGGCGCUUCUUCCUCAGAGCAUUUCCUACUGAUAGAGGUAGUUUAUUUGACUUUCCUCUGUCUGACCAUCCAUUUCACAAUGUCAAUGGCCAUUUAAAAAAUAAGGUUUUCCUUUUUCAUCCAGUUAUAACUCAUUGUUUUUAAACUGUGUGAGUUACAUGGCUGCUGGGUCUUCUCUAGGUAUCUCUCUGGAUAGGAAGAAAUAUAGUCGAACCCUUUGAAAAUGGAUAUUCUCACAUGUUUUUCUUCAGAUACAAAGCUGGCAGUCACUGAAAUAAGGACUUGAAGUUCCUUCCUCUUUUUUUAUGUCUUAAGACCAGGAAAUAAAGACUUUUGUGUGAAAAGUUUAGUUCGUUGUUUCUCCCAGAGACAGUUGAAGGUGUAGCCCCGACCACCUGAAAAAGAAAUCUUCAUCCUCUGAGGAAAGAUAUGUGAUUCACAUCUGGAAAAUAACUGAAGAAGAGAUUCUGUAGAUUCUCUCAGUGCUGCUGGGCUCUCAAUUCCUUUUGUGAAGGACGGUGUAUGGUGAUGAGGAAAUCAGAAGCUUUGAGACCCUCUACACCUGGAUAUGAAACCCCCUUCUAAUACUCACCAGAUAAGAAAACUGAAGUCCGGAAAGAACCUAAGUGACUUGACUGGAGUCACAAAAAAUGAAAAGGAUACUCAAGAAAGAGUUCUGCAUCUCAAAACUCUAUUCUGGCAACAGAAUGAAGUUACUGGAGUGAUGACAGGAACACAGGAGAACAAUGCUCUAUUUGGGCUGGAUAUUUCUUUCGCUUGUUGCAGGAGAAAGAAUUAAACAAUUUAAUAUUUCAGAUUGUUCCACAAAAAAGUUCCUUUGGACAUAUUCUACAAGGAGUGAAGAAGAAUUUGUCUUAUUUUGUGAUUUACCAAAGCAACAGAAAUCAUAUUUCUGCCACAGAAGUCGACUCUCACCAACACAAGGCCCUGAGCACCUACCCUUCACUGGCAGUAAGGACCUAUCUGAUAUCCAAUGGUACCGACAACCUUCGAAUGGUGAUCCAUUAGAGGACAUUAGAAAAAGCAAUCCUCACAUCAUUCAGGAAAAAUACACCCUUCGUUUUAGGACCCCAGGGGUGAAUAACGCUGGAUCAUAUAUUUGUAGACCCAAGAUGAUUAAGAGUCCCUAUCAUGUAGCCUGUUGUGUCAAGAUGAUUUUAGAAGUUAAGCCUCAGACAAAUGCAUCCUGUGAGAAUUCUGCAUCACAUAAGCAAGACCUACUUCUUGGGAGUAUUGGCUCCAUUUCUUGCCCCAGUCUCAGCUGCCAACGUGAUGCACAAAGUCGAGAGGUAAUCUGGUACCAGAAUGGAACCCUUCUCCCUAAGGAAAGGAGCAACCAAAUCACAGUGGAUGAAGUUUAUGACUAUCACCAGGGCAGAUAUGUAUGUGAUUACACGCUGUCGGAUACUGCAAGUUCAUGGACAGUCAGAGCUGUUGUUCAAGUGAGAACCAUUGUCGCAGACACUAAACUCAAACCAGAUAUUCUGGAUCCCAUCGAGAGCACACUGGAGGUAGAACUUGGAAGGCCUUUAAAUAUUAGCUGCAAAGCACUGUUUGGCUUUGAAAGGGUCUUUAAACCUGUCAUAAAAUGGUACAUCAAAGAUUCUGACCUGGAGUGGGAAGUCUCAGUACCUGAAGCGAAAAGUAUUGAAUCCACUGUAAAGGGUGAAAUCAUUGAGCGUGAUAUCGUCUUGGAAAAAGUGACUCAGCGUGAUCUUCGCAGGAAGUUUGUUUGCUUUGUCCAAAACUCCAUAGGAAACACAACCCAGUUCAUCCAACUGAAGGAAAAGAGAGGAGUGGUGCUCCUGUACAUCCUGCUCGGCACUGUCGGGACCCUGGUGGCCUUGCUGGCGGUGAGUGCCCUCCUCUACAGGCACUGGAUUGAAAUAGUUCUGUUGUACCGGACCUACCAGAGCAAGGACGAGACGCUCGGGGAUAAAAAGGAUUUUGAUGCUUUCGUGUCCUAUGCAAAAUCUAGCUCUUUUCAAAGUGAGGCCACUUCAUCUCUGAGUGAAGAACACUUGGCCCUGAGCCUAUUUCCUGAUGUUUUAGAAAACAAAUAUGGAUAUACCUUGUGUUUGCUUGAAAGAGAUGUGGCUCCAGGAGGAGUGUAUGCAGAAGACAUUGUGAGCAUUAUUAAGAGAAGCAGAAGAGGAAUAUUUAUCUUGAGCCCCAACUAUGUCAACGGACCCAGUGUCUUUGAACUACAAGCAGCAGUGAAUCUUGCCUUGAAUGAUCAAACACUGAAGCUCAUUUUAAUUAAGUUCUGUUACUUCCAAGAGCCAGAGUCUCUACCUCAUCUUGUGAAAAAAGCUCUCAGGGUUUUGCCCACAGUUGCAUGGAGAGGCUUAAAAUCAGUUCCUCCCAAUUCUAGGUUCUGGACCCAAAUGCGCUACCACAUGCCUGUGAAAAAACUCUCAAGGAUUCACGUGGAACCAGCUUAGAAUUACCUCUAGGAUUUUUCAGUGGAAAGGACUCAGUAAAACAGAAACCACUGGGAGGAGCUCCCAGCCUAAGAAAUAGUGAAAUGAGCCCGGGAGCCCCCUCCCAAUCCAAUCCCUCGGAUAAAGAUGUUGCUGGACAAAACUCACAGCUCUGUGUGUGUGUGUUCAGGCUUGAAAGAGUCUCCUGCCAGCACCAGCAAGCUUGAUGGACAGUGGAAUGGGAUUGAAACUGUGGUUUAGAGCCUUUGAUUUCCUGGACUGGACAGAGAGGGAGUGAAUUCUCUAGACUUUGGGUACUUUCAGUACACAACACCCCUAAGAUUUCCCAGUGGUCCAAGCAGAAUCAGAAAAUACAGCUACUUCUGCCUUGUGGCUAGGGACUGUCAUGUCUACCAUGUAUUGUGCAUAUGACUUUAUAUAUACUUGCAAUCAAACAAAUAUUAUUUUAUUAGAAA